AUGCCUCCCCUCUUCUCCCUCGCAGCCCUCCUCGGGACAGCCAUCCUCACAAUACACUCCAACGUAGCUCACGCUCUGUACAUCAAUGGCUCCGUCAUUGCACCCUGCGACUCGCCCAUCUACUGCCACGGCGACAUCCUCCGCGAAAUCGAGCUCGCCCACCCCUUUUCCGACUCCAAGACCUUUGUAGACAUGCCCGCAAAGAGACCCCUCUCCGAAAUCCAAACAGCAUUCGCCAACCUCCCCAAGCCCCUCCGCAACGACUCCUCCCUCCAGACCUUCCUAGCAAGCUACUUCGCCGACGCCGGCGGCGAACUCAUCCAAGUGCCCCGCGCCAACCUCACCACCAACCCAACCUUUCUCUCCAAGAUCAACGACACCGUCAUCGAGCAAUUCGUCACCCAAGUCAUUGACAUCUGGCCCGACCUCACACGGCGCUACGCAGGCGACGCAGCCGUCAAGAACUGCUCGUCGUGCCCCAACAGCUUCAUCCCCGUGAACCGCACGUUCGUCGUCGCUGGGGGACGCUUCAGGGAGCCGUAUUACUGGGACUCGUACUGGAUCGUCGAGGGCCUGCUCAGGACAGGCGGAGCAUUCGUCGGCAUCGCGAGGAACACGAUUGACAACUUUCUCGACUUCAUCGAGAGGUUCGGCUUCGUCCCCAACGGCGCUCGACUGUACUAUCUCAACCGCUCGCAGCCGCCUCUGCUGUCGAGAAUGGUGAAAGUCUACAUCGACCACACAAACGACACCGCCAUCCUCCGCCGCGCUCUGCCCCUCCUCGUCAAGGAACACGAAUUCUGGACGAGGAACAGGACCGUCGACGUCCGCGUCAACAACAAGACCUACGUCCUCAACCAGUACGCCGUGCAAAACACGCAGCCCCGUCCGGAAUCCUUCAGGGAGGACUUCCAGACCGCAAACAACCGCUCCUACUACGCCGCCUCGGGCAUCAUCUACCCAGCGACAAAGCCCCUGAAUGAGUCGCAGAUCGAGGAGCUGUACGCGAAUCUCGCGUCGGGCGCGGAGAGCGGAAACGAUUACACGGCGCGCUGGCUCGCGGAUCCGUCCGAUGCCAUGAGGGACGUCUAUUUCCCGCUCCGCAGCCUCAACAACAAGGACAUUGUUCCCGUCGAUCUCAACUCGAUCCUCUACGGCAACGAGCUUGCCAUCGCCCAGUUCUACAACCAGACGGGCAACACCACGGCCGCCCGCGAAUGGAGCAGUCUCGCUGCCAACAGGAGCGCUUCCAUCCAGGCCGUCUUCUGGAACGAGACGCUCUUCAGCUACUUUGACUACAACCUCACCUCGUCCUCGCAAAACAUCUACGUCCCGCUCGACAAGGACGCCGUGGCCUUGGACAGGCAGACCGCUCCGCCGGGCAAACAGGUCCUCUUCCACGUCGGCCAGUUCUACCCCUUCUGGACCGGCGCCGCGCCUGAGUACCUCAGGAACAACCCCUUCGCCGUCACGCGCAUCUUUGACCGCGUCAAGAGCUAUCUGGAUACCCGACCGGGCGGCAUCCCGGCCAGCAACGUCAACACGGGCCAGCAGUGGGAUCAGCCAAACGUCUGGCCGCCGCACAUGCACAUCCUCAUGGAGAGCCUCAACAGCGUCCCCGCUACCUUCUCCGAGGCCGACCCCGCCUAUCAGGACGUGCGCAACUUGUCGCUGAGGCUCGGGCAGCGCUAUCUCGACUUCACGUUUUGCACGUGGCGCGCCACGGGCGGAUCGACCUCCGAGACGCCCAAGCUGCAGGGGCUGACGGACCAGGACGUUGGCAUCAUGUUCGAAAAGUACAAUGACAACUCCACGAAUGCCGCCGGCGGAGGGGGCGAGUACCAGGUCGUCGAGGGCUUUGGCUGGACAAACGGCGUGCUGCUGUGGACGGCGGAUACCUUUGGGAGCCAGCUCAAGCGGCCGCAGUGCGGAAACAUCAUGGCCGGCCAUCCCGCGCCGUCCAAGAGGAGCGCCGUACAGCUGGACAUGUGGGAUGCGAGCAGGGUCAAGAAGUUUGGGCGGAGGGCCGAGGGCAGGAUGGGGACGCUGCAUGCCUGGUAA